UCUGCUGCGCCUGCCCUCUCCCGGUUCCGCGGCUCCGGGAGGAUGUGGGUCCUCGGCAUCGCGGCAACUUUUUGCGGAUUGUUCUUGCUUCAAGGCUUUGCGCUGCAAAUCCAGUGUUACCAAUGUGAAGAAUUCCAGCUGAACAACGACUGCUCCUCCCCCGAGUUUAUAGUGAAUUGCACGGUGAAUGUUCAAGACAUGUGUCAGAAAGAAGUGAUGGAGCAAAGUGCGGGGAUCAUGUACCGCAAGUCGUGUGCCUCCUCAGCAGCCUGCCUCAUCGCCUCCGCUGGGUACCAAUCCUUCUGCUCCCCUGGGAAACUGAACUCAGUGUGCAUCAGCUGCUGCAACACCCCACUUUGCAAUGGGCCCCGGCCCAAGAAACGGAGCAGUUCUGCCUUGGCCCUGCGGCCGGGGCUCCCCACCACCAUCCUGCUCCUGAAACUCGCCCUCCUCUUGGCUCACUGCUGAAGUUGGAGAUGCUCAUCCCUCCUGCAUUGUCCUUCAGGCCCCUGCUCCCCAAGCUUCUCCUGGGUGUCCUUUUUUUGUGGGUUGGGAGGGAGCGUAUUCUCUUUCUUUCAGUUCCUUUGCAAAUCAAAGAGCUCGGUGUCAAACAGUUUUUGUAAGCUCUGAAUAAAUUCAGUCUGACUUUUCAGUGUGUACUUGAAGAGGGGAGUCCAAGUCUGUCCCCUAUUACCAGAGGCAAGGUCGGGCUGGCAGAAUCAGUCCCUAGAAGACACUUCGGGAGGCAUCCAUUUUUUCCAAGGCCCCUCGCUUCCACUCCUGUCCCUCAUAGGGGCAUGGUUUAUUUUGUCACUGCGUGUGUCAGGAUCAUGUUGCUUUCAUUGGGGGCGCCGGUUAGUCCUCAAGGCUUCCAUAGUUGACAUUCACACUUCAUGUUCCUGAAAACCAUUCCCUGCGGCAGAGUUGGGUGGUUUCAGCUGCACGUUGGGUUCUGCUGCCUCAAGACUCAAUUGCUGGGGCUUGGAAUCUGGCUCGCCCCCGUUCUGGAAAGUGCUCAAGUAAACCUUGUUAGUUCUUGCAGAGGAACUGCACCGGGAAGCGGUGAAGAUGAGGGGGCGGCGCGCCGAGCGAGCGCUGUCCGCAGCAGAGGUGACGCGGGCACGCAGGUGUUUGCUGUGGUUGGCGUGCGGCAGCGUCAGGCGGCAGCGGAGCACCUGCCCGAACACCCUGCGGAACUGCUGCGAGGACACGUUGUACAGGAGCGGGUUGAUGACCGAGCUCAGGUAGAAGAAGGUGUCGGAGAAGGGGAGGAGGAUCAUGUACGCCCGGAAGUAGGACUUUGUCCAGUCGUGCUUGGGUUUGGCUGCGGCCAUAAUCCUCCGCACCUGGUUAGGCAUCCAGCAGACAGCCAAGGUCACAACAAUCAGCCCUGAGCAGGCAAAAGGAGAGACCGACACAAACAGCAUGAGAACAACAAUCAAAGCCACAAAAUAUUUAGCUCCCCAGCUCUGUGCUUACUGGCCAGGAAAUGCUACCAAUUUUUCAGUGUUGUGCUCGACUGCUUCUUUUGCCACUAGCAAAAAAGAAUCGAACAGUGUGUUUCAAGGCUGGGGGAGUUGACUGUGUUAAAGACCAUUAAAUGCUUUCGACUAUUUA